AUGGAAGCCCUUAGAGUUCUUCAUAAAUCGCACAAUCCAGACUUAUGCAUACUAAUUCAAUCAUCAAAGCUCUAUAUCAAUGGGGAUUUUGAGAAAUUCUCUCAUCUUCCGGAACGCAGGAACUCCUUGCUUAGUUCCCUGCUUGCGCGGCCCUGGUUCUGCGGAACUCGAUGUCCGUUCUCCUGCCCUGCAACUGCAUGCCGGGUAAGCGAAUCAAGGUGCAUCUGCUGCCAAGUGCACACUAUGUGCGAACGACGGAGCUGCAUUUCAAUAAGACCAAGCCCUCACGACUUGGCUAGAGAGUUGGGCUGUGCUCUGCAUCAUAAUAGCAGCCUGAUCAUUUGGAAUGGGCUUACGUGCGCUCUCAACAGUCACCUGGCCCUUGGGAGGAUGUGGAAAACCGCCGAAUGUUUACAAUCCUGGAUAAUAGCAUCAGCUUCGUUGUAA